UGAGCAGUUUUUUAAACACCACAAGUUUUUAAGAUGGAGUUGACGAUGGUACGGUGUCGAUUGUUAUAUACUUUAUUAUUUAUUGCGUGCUAUGUUCCUGUGAGUUCCUCUGAAGAUUCCAAUUUCGAUCAAUUCGCUUCGGAAAUAUUGAGUUUUAUAAAUAGUACCGACACUUAUGUGCCACCGAUUGAUAAUGCCGCAUUUUUCGGAAAUGGAACCGAUUCCGAUGUUCCUUUAGAUUAUGGGACAUACGACUUUAUAAUUGUGGGCUCCGGUUCAGCUGGUGGAGUUCUAGUCAAUCGACUAACGGAACUUGAAAAUGUUACUGUUUUAUUGGUGGAAGCGGGAUCAGAAGAUCCGCUCAUAUCUAAGAUACUUGGGAUACUAAGCUAUAUGCAACAAUCGAGCUAUGAUUGGGGAUACUAUACCACUCCGCAAGCAAACAGCUUGCUGGCUUAUAUCAACAAAACGAAACCAUAUGCCAGAGGUAAAGUGUUGGGAGGUUCGAGCACAUUAAACGGGGCGGUGAACACGCGAGGAAGCGCGGAAAACUACGAAAAAUGGGUGGAACUGGGGAACGAUGGAUGGGCGUACGAAGAAUGUUUGCCCUAUUUCAAAAAAAUGGAAAAAGCCGAUUUUUCAGUGGAUAUUGACGACGAAUUUCAUGGAUUUGAUGGACCCGUUCACGUAAAUGUACCGGAAGAUACUCCUGUUUUGGGAGAAGAACUGAUAAACGCCUUUAUAGAGUUAGGAAAAAAUGAAGGUGAUUAUAAUGGGGCAGACCAGUUUGCUGUAAGUAGAGUACAAACAUUGCUGGAUUAUAAUACACGUUCAGGCACCGCUCACUCCUAUCUGCGACCGAUAUUAAACCGAACAAAUCUGGUGAUCAGUUUGGAAUCAUUAGCCACCAAAAUCCUAAUUUCCGAUCACGUUGCCACUGGCAUUGAGUUUUGGAAAAAUGGGACCAAAUAUACCGCGUCUGCUGAAAAAGAAGUGAUUCUAUCGGCUGGAGUAAUCAACUCUCCUCAACUGUUGAUGCUUUCUGGGAUUGGUCCAAAGGAGGAACUGGACAAACAUGGCAUUGACACCAUCGCUGACUUGCCAGUAGGACAAAAUUUUGUUGAUCAGGUCUAUUUUCAAGGAAUAUUUUACCGAACAAACCAUACAUUCUACAACAAUACAUUCAUGGAAGAUUUGGAUUUGUGGUUCCAGAAUAAGCGGCCCUACACCGACUUUGAUACGUAUCAAUUAAUCACGUUUUACAAUUUUAACGAAAAUGCCACUAAUACUUCGGAUAUUGAGGUGUUGAUAGCUGGCCCUCCAAACAACGGUCCCAGCAUUGGCAAAUCGUACACCAAUACGAAUUACUCGCAGGCUUUCGAUGUUUUAAACACCUAUUCGGACAUUAGUAUAGACCUAAUAUUAUUGCUACCUAAAUCCAUCGGAAAUGUUAGAUUAGCAUCUGCCGAUCCCAGAGAUUUUCCUUUAAUUGACCCGAAUCUCUUUUCUGAUCCUGAAGAUUUAGAAACGAUGUACAAAGCAAUUGAGUUUUUGCAAAACUUAGAAAACACCACAGCCUUUGACCGUUUGGGAAUCGAACCGAUCAUCUUAGAUCUUCCGGACUGCGAUGCCGAUUUUGAAAAGCAAUCAAAAGAUUGGUGGAUAUGCAGUUUACAAUAUCUUUCAAUUGCCUCUCUUCAUGGCAUUGGAACUACAAGAAUGGGGAAUGAAUCACAGAACUCUGUAGUGAGCUCAACUCUAAAAGUCCAUGGUAUCAAAAGCCUGCGAGUGGUGGACUGUGGAAUUAUGCCGCAUCAAGUUUCUGGCCAUCCAAGCACACCCGCUAUGAUGGUUGGGGAAAAAGCCGCCGAUUUAAUCAAAAAUGAAUAUUUUCCUUAGUUGUAUUUGAAAAAUUAUAUUUUUUCUACUUGGCAAACAAAAUUGUUCAUCAAAUAGUAAAUCGGUUCUAGAUAUAUUCAAUGUUCUACUGUUGAAAGGUAAAAUUCUAAAAAGUUUCCAUAUAGCAAAAUAAAUUGGGAAUGUAUGUACUUGCUUUUGAUCGGCUUGGGCACAUAUUAUCUACAACUUUUUUGCUUGCAAAAUUCAAUGCUUUUUGAUAUGGAAAAGCAAAUAUAUACCUAUUGGUAUUAUAAAUUAACAAUUUGUUUAUGUACGUUCGCAAAUAAAUUUGUAAUUCAAAAUGAAGCAGAUGCGAUUUCUAUAUGCAAAAGCAACCUUUCACGUAGCCAUUAGUGUUUGUCUCA